AUGACAUUUCUUCCCAAAGCAUUGACGUCACAUCUUCAUAAGAAAGAAGCAGAUUUAUGUACGCAAAGAAUUCAUGCGCUUUUUGAUUAUACUGUAAUUGGUGGAAAAUAUGCCCGUUCUAAAUUAAUUGUUGAUACAUUUAAUUGUCUUAAACCUAUGUCAAGUAUUGCUGAAAGGGAAUCUGUAGGACAAGUUGCUGCUACAAUUGAGAUGCUUCAAUCAUUUUUUCUAGUAAUAGAUGAUAUAAUGGAUGAUAGUAAAAUGAGAAGAGAUAAAAUUUGUUGGUAUAGAGUACCAGGAGUUGGAAUGAAUGCUAUAAAUGAUGGUUUAUUAUUGGAUUGUUCAAUUGAUCUUGUAAUUAGAAAUGCUUUACCCUAUCAUCCUAAUGUUAAUGAUAUUGUAUCAGCUAUAUAUGAAACAAAACGGAAAACAGUAAUUGGACAAAUGUUAGAUGUCAAUUCAUCUGGGAUUGAAAAUAUUAAUUGGAGUCGUUAUCAACAAUUAGUAGAACACAAAACAAGUCAUUAUACAUAUUAUUGUCCUCUUCAAAUAGCAAUGCUUCUAGCUGAUGUAACACUUUAUUCUCGGGAGAUACGUAAAUUAGCUUAUGAUAUGGGAUAUUUAUUUCAAGCCAAAGAUGAUUAUUUAGAUUGUUUUGGUGAUGAAAAAAUAACUGGAAAAACAUCAACUGAUAUCAGUGAAGGUAAAUGUUCAUGGAUAGCAUGUAAAACAUUGGAAGAAUUAAAAAGAGAUCCAAAAAACUUAGAUAUAUUUGUUAAACAUUAUGGACAAAAAAAUGAAGAGAGUGUCGCUAUAUGCAAAGAUAUUAUUCAUUCAGCGUCAAUUGACAAAUAUUAUAAUGAAUUUGAAAAUUCAAUGAUUGAUAGUAUUUCUGAAACAAUAGAAAAUUUUCCAAUAGAAAAUAUGAAAGGUGUUUUAACUGAAUGUGUCAGACAAUUGUCAACUUCUAAGAAAGAAGAACCUCCUAUGAUAAAUCUUGAUUCAAAAAGUCAUACGUUGUAA